AUGAAUAUUUCAAAUUCAACGAUUCCAUAUUAUGAAACUGUCGAAACGAAUAUUGAUGCAAUAUGGUUAUGUACAUUAAUUCUACUUGGUUCUGUUUCAUUAUUAGGUACAAUUGGAAAUUUACUUGUAUUAGGUGUUUAUAUACAACAACAUUUUUGGCCACAUUUACAUUUGAAAUAUAGACAAAUUUAUUAUAAUCAAAAAUUAAGUAUGUUAAAUACAAAUGAAUUAUAUACAACAACAACAACAACAACAUCAUCGUAUCUUCAUGAUAUGAAUAAUGAUAAUUCUAAUCAUAUAAUACAGAUUCAUGAAUCAAAUGAACAAUUAUUUACUAAAACCACUGGUACACCAACAUUUUUUAUACUUGUAUUAGCAUGUGUUGAUUUAAUGGUAUGUUGUUUUGUUGUACCAUUGACAUUCUAUAUGGAAUAUAUACAUUUACAACCAUCAACAGAUAUAUGGUGUAAAACACAUGCAUUUUUAAAUAUAUGUAAUAUUAUGUUUAGUUCAUUAUUAAUUAUAGCAAUUGCAUUAGAAAGAUAUCUUACUAUAUGUCAUCCAUUACGUCGUAUAUUAACAAUGAAACGUGCUAAAUAUUUAACAUUAGGUUUAGCUAUAUUUUGUAUUCUAUAUGGUAUACUUGGUGCAUUACAUCAUAGUUUAGGGAUAACAAAUGAUGAACCAAAUAUAAAACAAUGUUGUGAUACACCAGAAAUACCAAAUGCUACUUAUAUAGAAAAAUUAACAUAUGAUAUAUUGCAGAAAGGUAAUACAGCCAGUUUUAUAUUAUCAAUUCUAUCCGUUAUUAUAUUAUAUUCAUUAAUUUUACGCGUUGUCAUUAAAACACAUCGUGCUCAACGUUAUACACCAGUGAUUAAUCAUAAUACGAUACCAUAUAAUACUAUCAUAAUACAUAAUACAAAAAUGUUAAAUAGAAAUCAAAAAAGUGCCAUUUCAUCAAAUGAUUUAAACAAUACUACUACUACUACUACUACUACUACUAAUGACAUUGGACAUUUAACCACUGAUCCUCAUCAACAUCAACAUCAUCGUAAAAGUUUAACAAAUAGAAUCAAAAUGAAUUUAUCCAUAAAAAAUAUAACAGAAAGUACAUUAUGGAGAGAGAUACGUUCAGCUAGUGUAUUAUUUGUUGUAGCUGUUGUUUAUAUUAUUGUAUUUACACCAGCAUUAUUAACAGCUAAUAAAUUAGUACAAUUUAAUUUACUUGCAUAUAAUACAUACUACUUAAAUAAUAUGUCAAAUCCAUUAAUUUAUUGUUUUAUGAGUAAUGCAUUUAGAAAAAAAUUAAAAAUUUUAUUAUUUAAUAGUAUUAUAUCCUAUAAAUGUUGUUAUAUUAAACAUAAUAAUAAUAAUAAAUUAUUUCAUCCUUCAUAUCAUCUUCAACAUCCUCAACGACAACAACAUCCUAGACAACAACGUCGUAAACAACAUUUAAGAGCAAGAGAAUUAAUCAAUAAUAUUAGUAAUAAUAAUAAUGAUAUGAAUAGUAACAUAGACAAUCCUAUGGAUAAAUAA